AAGUAGCUAAAGGCGCUUGCAAAAAAUUCUGAACAAACAAAAUUUUAUAAAUAACCAAAAAUAAUAGGUUGAUUUAUGUAAUUAAUUUUAAGUGCGAAAAAUGACGUUUAAUGACAGGCAGAGUGUUAUAAAAGAUCUUGAAAAUUUUAUAGCUGACAAAGUCAAGAUUCUAAGCAAUGUGAUUACACCUUUAAAUUGGGACGAAGAAUCUUUAACAGCCGAAGUUGAGAAAGUACAAUGUCCUCAUAAUCCAAAUCAUUGGAUACCAAAAUCUUCACUAUUCAAACACAGAGAGAAGUGUUCUUGGCUAAAGGAAGGAUAUGUUGAAGAUGAAUUUGACAAGCAGCUUCCUGAUUCAGAUUUCUUUUAUCAAAAUGCACCAUCAGUUGUGUCUGUAUCUGUUGAUAAAAAUAAACAACUUAGUGUCUUGAUGAGUAAAGGACUGAUAACAUAUGAUAAACAAAACUUUGAGAAUCUCAGCAGUCCUAAGACAAUUGACCGAUGGACUACAGAAUCAAAUCCUGAGCAAAGAUUAGCUAUAUAUGAUCACAUUGUUGAAGAAGGCAAAUUAGUGAAACAGCCUACAAAUGUUCCAUUAGAAGAUUUAAUGUUUGACUUUGAAACAAAAAAUGACCAGGGGGACAAGGUAAAGACACAUCUAGAAAUUCUUGCUGAACAGAGGGAUUACAAGCGUAGGCGCCAAUCUUAUCGAGCUAAGAAUGUUCAUAUAACUAAGAAAUCCUACACUGAAGAAUUGAAGGAAGUGAUAGAAAAAAUUACUGACACUAAAACACAAGAAAGUGCUGAAAAUGAGAUGGAAAGACCUGAGCCUAAGUAUUCUGAAAAUGGGACCAAGGAUCAAAUUCCUCGACGGCAUGGGUAUGACAGAAGACAUGGUCGUGAUUCUCGAUCAAGAUCCAGAAGCAGGACUCCCAAAAAGCAUAAGCAUAAACACAAACGUAGUAGGAGCAGAUCAAGAGAGCGUCAUAAGCACAAAAAGUCACACAAGCAUAAAAAAUCUAAGGACUAAAUUUGAAAAUAAUUGUAUUUUAUUCAUGCCCAUUUCUUACAUUCUUUAGUUGAUUAAAAACAUUUAUCAUACUAAA